GAGAUAAUCACAUCAGCAGCUUCAAAGAGUCAAGUCAACAUGUCAGGUCUUGAGAAUUCAGAGGAUCCCUUUUACGGAAGUUCGGAUGAAGAACAUAGUAGUGAAGCUCGCGUGUUGGACAAUGAGAAUAAGUUGAGACUUGUUAAAUUCCACACGGCUGGAUACCGUGAUGGGAUUGUCGCCGGGAAAGAAGCUAUUGCGCAACAAGGUUAUAACUUUGGCUAUAAGGAAUCAGUUCUUGAUGCCUACAAAUUUGGUAUUGUUAGAGGUGUUUCCAGUGCACUGGCUUUCCUCCCAGAUGAGCUAAGAGAGAAGCUGAUCGAUGAACAAGAAACUCGAGAUAAUUUUCAGAAAUUACACAGUUGUGUGCAUGCCUUAUCACCGGAAGUAGCAAUGAAGCGGUUCUAUGAAACGCUGACUACAAAGCAAAGGGAAGGAAAGAGUGGAGAUCAAGGGUCUGACAAUGGUUCUGGUUUGGGUGUUAAUGCUGCCACAACCGACUUGGGAAGCUAUCUUACUGACCUAAGCUCUCUUCUUGACAAAUCUCCUAAGAUUGACAUUAAAUUGGACACAUAGAGGAGGCUUGUUCUCUAAAUUAUUGCCAAGAUUAGUAGUGUCUUUUUUCCUAUACAUAAGAUGAUGAUUAUGAAAUUUUUGAUUGUCGAUGAUUUUUAGUGUUUCAUUUGGCUUUUUGUUUCUGUUUUCCGAUGAAGCUGUUUUAUGUUUGUUUAAAUGUAGAAAAUGUAGCAGAGUUUUUGAUUAGAAAUGACGAUGGUUCUUAGUUUUUUGGACUCUUAAUGGAAGUUCUGAAUUCGAGUUUAGGAUUUAGGGUUUAAGUACGAAUUGAAUUUGCAGGAGCUUGAAUUUAAAAGUCUCUGCCUUUAGGUGGGAUUGAGUCUUUCAGAUGCCCAGGGACCUUCAAAGUCAAAUCUCCGAGAACAGGAGACACAGAGCCGUCUAGUGUUAACCUGAAUGAUUCCAAUUCCAAAUUCCAUAACGUGAAGCUAAACCAUGUCCAGUGUCAUGUCUUUUAUCUUUUUUUCUUGCUCCUGUACUGUGUAGAACAAGUCGAAUAAUCUGUUCCUUUCAUGUUUAAGAGGUGCUAGACUGUACCACGUUCGGUUUUUUUCCUCAGAUGAUUAUUCUGAUGUCUUAUGUACACCCUUUCUUGGUGUAUUUGAUGGCU